CGUAGUUUCUCCUCGCUCGACGUACAGUGUAGUGUGUAAUGCGUUUGAGCGUUGUGUUUCUUGACGUUUGUGUAGUUUUUAUAAAGUGAAUAAUGUGAUUGUGUAGUUCGUUAUGGCAUUUAGAUACCGUGAAGAUUUAGUCGGCAAACGAUUUCUUUCUGUGAGUGGUGUUUCAAAAAUUAAUGUGAAUAAAGUUUCUGAAUGGGGAUGGAAAGCUGGUGUUAUCAGAGCAGCUUCUCAUAAAGAUAACAAGAAUAAGGAACUCCAGGUGUUGGUGGAAUAUGAUGGUGUAGAUUGGCAACGUCGUGAGUGGGUGGCAGUGUAUUCGCGUAGAACGUUUCGUGUGUUUUUAGUUGAAAGAACUUUAGUUUGGGCACACAGAAAGUCAGAAAAAGACGAAGUGAAAUGGCCUGCUUUGACGUUCAGCCCUCUGUCGUCGGACGUGACGCUGGAGGACUUGCAGCCAGUCGAGUUUCUUCACGAUAGACAACUUGGCUUCCUUGAUUACAACAAUUUAAAACCAUAUCAGGAAUGGGACGCCGUCCUCGCUGGUUCUGAAAGUGGAGUUGAUUCAAGUACACUGUCAUCGUUGGCAUCAGAGGCAGCUGAGUGGAGAACCGUACAAGAUGGUCAGAGAAUACUCACUACCACUCCAUCUGUAUUGGGAGGCUGUAGGGCACAAGUGUACAGAGUCGCCGGCGCCACUCAGUGGUAUACAGCUGUCAUUGUCGGCGUCAAUGAGCACACUGGUGAAUUGACUGUAACCGACGACACGGUCCUUGAGGAACACAGCGAGGAUCCCUCGUUGGUACAGAUGAGGUUAUUGGGAGAUGGAGUUAUUGAGUCCAUCAUGAGAGGCGAGGUGGUCGGCGUGAUGCCUAGAAGAUCUCGUUCUAACUUACAAAGAGUGGAUCGUGAAGCAACUAAAAGUCCGGCGACCACAGGCGGAAGAAAGAAGACAAGUGUUAGAAGCAACGGCCAGCUCACAUCCGUUGAACCCACACCACAACCCACAGGUUCUUCACCUGAACGCGAAUCCGUGGAUGCUAACAAGAAAGGUGCCAUCGAAAGUGUAAGUGCAAGUGAUGUGGAGAUCAAUGAGGAAAACAAGUGCAUAAAAGAGUGCGCUAAGAGUGUAAAGAGUGUAGGUGAAGUGAAGAGUGAAGUGAGUGCGGGGGCGGAUGGUGUUGCCAUCGCCGUGGCCUCCGAGGAGGACGACUGUGUGAUAGUGUGUGCUCGCGAUGCGGACGAGCGGAGCGACUCGGGUGUGAGCGGUGUGCGGUCUGGCGGCUCUGCCAGCUCGGUAGAGGACUGGCGAGGUAUGGCUCACGGGUACGGAGGCGGUCCGCCCCCGCCGUUGAUGCAUCUGCCGCCGCCGCCGCCCACGCUGUACGCCAGCGAGCUGUUGUGGAAGCAGCGUUAUCAACCGCCGAUACAUCCGCCGCUGCACCACGCCAUCGCCGACGACUACCUGGCCGCUACCUACGACAGAGAGAGACAUGAAAGACUGCUACGAGAUCGGAGGGAACAGGAGCAACGGGAGAUGCUGGAAAAGCAACAGAAAGAAAAAGAAAGGGAACGAGAGCGAGAGAGAGAAAAGCAAGAGAGGGAAGAGAGAAGGAGGGAUCAAGAAAAUGCUGCUUCAAAACUGGUAUCAAGGCAUUUUGAAGAAUCUCUCAGACUAGCCAAUCAAAAGCGGGAACGCAGUAUGUCUUGGUCGUUACUGAAUAGCUUAGCACCGAACCGAGCGGCCGCGGCAGAACACGAUCGAUUAAGGAACGAGCGCGCGUACUACUCGCCGCCCACGCAUCCGUCUGACCGACUGCCGCAGCCGGACUACCAGCACCAGCAGCACUCACAGCACGCGCCGCAUUCGCAGCACGCGCCGCGCCAUUCUCUCGCCAAAUCCGAUAAAUCAUCCCAUCCCGUACUACCCAAGGGCGAACCGAACUUCGCUCCGUACAACUAUCCCCCGUAUAGAUACGAUAAGAUCAAAGAACAGCAUCUGCCUGCACCACCACCUUUAGUUCCCGAAAAAAAUUCUGUGAUAGUCAAACACGAUGCCAAACAAAUACAUUUGGAACAGAAGCAUCCGUAUCCGAGCAAGCCGAGAAGCGAGCCGACGACGCACUACCUGCCCUCGCGGCCGUACAGGACCGGCCUAUCACCACACGCGCCGCCUCACCCACAUCCCGCGUUACAGACGACGCCACACGCGGCACUUCCGGCACAGGACAAGAGCAGAAGACUGUACCAGCCUGCGCCGCAACGUUCACCCGCCGCGUAUUACCAAGCGCCACCAGUCAAACCGAAAGUAUCGAGUCCCGCUCCACCUCACAUUUACGGCAAACCGAGCAGCAAUUCCCCCGGACCCGCUGCUCAUUACACGGUCGCGGUGGAACCUCCUAUGCAGCUAUCAAAAGUAGAUCCUCCCCCAAUACCGUACCCUCCACCGUCAGCGUACUCACCGUCGCUGCGGACGCGACCUCCUCCUGUUGCUCAUUCACGUACGCCCGAGCCACGACCGCCACUGAGGCCGGCCGGGGACCAUGCGAACUCGACCUCUCCAUGUCAGACACAACCACUUGACCUGGGAGUAGCGCGAGAGGAUCCCGAUCGACUAUCUCCGAGAAGACGAAGUCCGUUCGAUCCGGCACAUGCGACGGAGGCUAAGAGACGGCGGUUAGAUAGCCCAGCGCCGGAACCUUUGAUAGCGGCGGCGGCGAGUGUGGGACGAACGCCUCUAGGCUCUGAACCAGCCCCACAGGCACCGGGGCCACCUUGUGACGUCAGAGUGCCGUCUGCGGACGGAAGUGUGGAGACGCCCGAGAAAGCCGCCGGCGCGUCUCCAGCUCCUCAGAUAACGCCGGUGACGAGUCCGGCGCCCGCUACUCCUGUACCUGCCGCGUCAUCACCGCCAUUAGUGUCAUCGCCCGCCAGGUGUCCGCCGCCGACCACGUCCACACCGCCAGCACUGCCCGCGCCGCCCACCACGCCACCCACCACGACGGUCACUGACGGAGACACGCCCGCUAAGGUCGCUUCUCCUAGUCCCAGAGACGGGUCUGCGCCCGUCAGACAUCUCGGUAAGAAGGCCUGGCUUCAGAGGCACGAGACGGCGCCCAUCGGCGAAGGAGACUGUUCCGGCGGCGGAGGGACCUGCAUUACCUUACCCAUGACGAUCACACGAGUGUCAGAACCAGAUGACUCCGGGUCGAACAUCGUAGUACCGGUCGCUGCCAAGUCGAUCCAACGGGGAGCGAGGAAAACUUCGAAGCCGAGGAAACCCAAGGAAGUGAACGGACGCCUCGACGACGCCGAGGAAGACAGCUCGAGCUCCGAGAGGGAAUCCACCUCCCCGCCCAAACGAAAACCACCAAAGGCCAAGAGAAAAAAGGGAACCGUGAAGAAAGCCAGCGACGAACCCAAGAAGAAGAAGGCCUCGGAGAGUGGAAGUGAGAGCGAUAAGGAGAGUGACGAUAAAGACUCCGACUCUGGAGGAAGCGGCAGUGGCAGCGGCAGUACGUCCAGCAAACGCGGAGGAGGGCGGGCGAGAGGGAGACGGGCGAGGGGUGGCGGGGGCGGGCGGGGUGGCGGGGGCAGGAGGAGAGACGAGCAUCCCCGCCGCACGCCAUCCGCCGCCAGGGCCAAGCUGUCACCGGACUCGUUCCUACAGAACGGACCAUGCUUCGAGGUAGCCCCGCGACUGGCCAAGUGUCGCGAAUGUCGCUGGUCCCCGGCGCAGAGGGAUAAAGACAUGCCGAAUAUAUUCUGCAGGUUCUACGCUUUCAGGAGACUCAAGUUCGCUAAAAACAGACAGCUGGCCAUCGCUGGCUUCUCCGAUCCUUAUAAGGACGCUGAAGAGGAGGACAAAAAGCUCUGGUUGUCAUCGUCGGCCGGAGCAGCUCACUUGGACAUCGAAAUGAGCUGCUUCUUGUUACGAGAGAUCGGUGAUCAGUUCUGUGAACUAUUACAACAGGAGAAGGAGGCUGAGUCACAUCAUUUGAAUGAAGACAAGACGAUAGCGUGGAAACGCGUAGUACAGGGCGUCAGGGAGAUGUGCGAUGUUUGUGAGACGACUCUAUUCAAUUUCCAUUGGACCUGCGGCAAGUGCGGCUUCGUCGUCUGCCUCGACUGUUACAAGUCGCGGACAUCGGGCGAGGCGGGCAGUUCACCUUCGGAAACAGCGAACAGUUCCUCAAACACCACCGCCAAUGGAGAAAGAGAUUCUUUCGGAUGGUUGACGUGUACGUCGGGUGGAGCUCACCCAGCGCGGCGGUUACUGUUGACCCAGAUCGCCGCGGGCGGGGCGUUAGCGGCGGCGGCGUCUAGAGCGCACCGUGCUCGAGCAGCCUUCGCGAUGCCAUGCGCCUGUGGGGACCACAGCGAUGUGGACCCCGCCGUCAAAAACACAGCCCGCGCGCUGCUACAAGCCGCUUUGAAUAAGAACGUCAAAAAGGAAGACGUCAAGGAAGAAAACGCUUCAACGAACGGUUCGUCACCGGUGAAGUCGGAGAACGGGAAGACGAGCUCCUCGGGGGUCAGCUGGUUCACAGACAUACCGAUGAAGAAUGAAACUAAAGACGAGAAGUCCGACACCAGCUCCUCGGACUCCGAGGAAGGCGGGAACUUCUCCACACUACGGGAGCUCCUGAUACGACCAGCCCCAGAAGGAGAGGUCCAACCAAAGAAGAAACAGAAGAAAAACAAGAGCGACUUGCUAGAUGAUGUGAUAUCCAGUGUUGUCGACGAGAAGAAGGAUGACGGAGGUGACGGGAAACCGUUCGCUCUGUCCAACGUGGUGAAGAGAUACGACAGAAGCGCCCGCGGGAGAGAAGAAGUACCGAUACGAAUUAUGACGUUGACCGAAUCGAAAAUACUGUACCCUGAUGUACCCCACGCGUGGCUCUGCGACGGAAAACUGUUGCAUUUAACGGACCCCAUGCAUCCCGGGAACUAUAAACCUUUCCAGGAUCAGUGGAAGCGUGGCCAACCGGUUCUAGUGUCGGACGUAUCGAGCAUCCUGGAUAAAGAUCUCUGGAGUCCGGAAAGUUUCUCGCGGGACUUCGGCGACACCAGGGUCGACCUCGUGAACUGCGCGUCCGGUCUCGUCGUGCCCAACCAACCGGCGAGGAAGUUUUGGGACGGAUUCGAACUGGCGGCUAAGAGGUUAAGAGACGAGAGAGGCGCGCCCAUGGUGCUGAAACUCAAAGACUGGCCGCCGGGCGAGGACUUCGCAGAGUUGAUGCCGGCGAGGUUCGACGAUCUCAUGCGUGCGCUCCCCUUGGCGGAGUACACCUCGCGCAACGGAAGACUGAACUUGGCGGCCCGACUGCCCGAGUGUUUCGUUCGACCAGACCUCGGACCUAAGAUGUACACGGCCUACGGCGGCGCGGGCGGGACCACCAACCUCCAUCUGGAUGUGAGUGACGCGGUGAACGUGAUGGUGCACGCGAGUGCGCCGGCCGACGCUCCCGAGCGAGCGCGGGAAGCGGCGCGGGCGGCCGAAGACGCCGGGGUCGAUGUACUGGCGCGGAGACGGGCGCGAGUGCGACCGCCGGCCGCCUUGUGGCAUAUAUACGCAGCACGCGACGCUGACAAGAUCCGCGACUUGCUGGUGAGGGCGGAGCUGGAACGAGGUGCACGGCCGCGAGCGCAGCACGAUCCCGUACACGACCAGACGUGGUACUUGGACGCGGCGCUGCGCGAGCGACUGUACCGCGAGUACGGCGUGGAGGGAUACGCGAUACUGCAAUGCCCGGGGGACGCGGUGUUCGUCCCCGCCGGAGCUCCUCACCAGGUCCGCAACCUGCUGGACUGUAUCAAGGUGGCCGAGGACUUCGUGUCCCCGGAGAACGUGUCGCGCUGCUUCGAGCUGGCGCAGCAGUUCCGGCGCCUGUCCCGCCAGCACGCCAACAAGGAAGACAAGCUGCAGAUCAAGAACAUCGUGUACCACGCGGUCAAGGACUCGCUCUGCUGCUUGGAGGACGCCCUCGCGGACGCCGACUGAGACGCUCCUCGCAUUGAUCUCAACUUCGAACGUAAUUAAUCGCUAAGUUUCGCAUUUAACGUAAGCUUGGGACGGAGUGUGACACGCGCUGUGCGCUGUUCGUGUUUAAGAUGUUGUCGCGUGAAUUGGAUCGGCCGGUUGUGUGUGUAAAUGUACUCGCUAUGUGAUCUUGUCCGGCGCGAGUCGCGUCGGGCCGUGUGCAAUGUAAAUUAGUCUGAAUAUGGUGAUAUCGUCGAGGUGUGGAUAUGUUUUAUGUUCCUUAUUCGAAAUACAAAUAAACGUUCACUCUUCAUAAACAAGCUUAUUUGUAGUUAUAGUGAUAUGUGUAUGUAACGUGUAAAUUUUUUAAUUCGAAUUCCAUCGAGUACAUAUUAAGGAGUCUGUAUUUUUAAGUUAUUGUAUCGAAUUAAAAACGUAUUCGCUCGAAGCAUUGUACAUUAAACACGGCGUGUAGAUAAGUUUCUCCUAUAUUAGAUUUCUCUAUUUAGUUGGUAUGUUAUAAAGUGAAUAGUUAAACGAGAUGUGACAAUUUUAAUUUGUCCGUUUGCUGUACUAGGCGAAAACAAAUUUUUUUUUGUACUGUGUAUAUUAUGUAUGGUUAUAAGUUGGAAUAAAAAAAGAUGUUUAUAUUA